AUGGCUUCCGACCAGGAAAGGCAGGAUAGCCUCGUCAUCACGACAUGCAUUUUCACGGCCAUUGCGACAAUAGUGGUUAUGGCGCGAACGUUCGUCCGGGCUGUUUUGAUUCGUAAGCCUGGGCUGGACGACUAUACAAUGAUUGUUGCAAUGGCCUUCUCCCUGGGGUAUCUCGUGGAGGUGUUCGUUGGCAAGGCAAAUCACAUAGGGUUCUCCAGUGACACGCUGUCGAUUGAAAACAUGGUCAGCCUCCUGAAGAAUACCUUGGCUAUUCAAGUCACAUACUACGUUUGCGUUUCCACCAUCAAAAUUUCCAUUCUGUGCAUGUACCUCCGAUUUGCCGUUACAAGGACGUUCAACGUGCUUUGUCUCUAUACGAUCGGAUUUCACGUGAUAUUUUUCAUAAUUUGUAUCGUCGUUACGCUUGCUCAAUGCCAGCCACUUCACAGGAUGUGGGAUUUGACGAAGACGGUGCAAGGACAUUGCAUUAAUACCACUGCCUUCUUCUACUUUACCUCCGGAUUUAAUAUCAUUACCGAUAUCUGGAUUCUAGUUCUACCCAUCAAAACCCUGAUGGGCAUUCUUCGGCCUCGUAAAGAAAAGAUUGCUCUCACCAUCAUUUUCGGCGUCGGGGCCUUCGCUACAAUCACAUCAAUCGUGCGACUCCAUACAAUCUACACAUACACCCUCGCCGAGGAUCCCUUCCGAGAAAGUAUCCUCGUCAAUAUUUGGUCCAUCCUCGAGAUCAACAUUGGCAUCAUCUGCGCAAGCGUCCCGGCUCUAAAACCUUUAUUCACCCCCAAAGCCCUCCGAGAGGCCACGAGUCGAAAGAAACGGACCGGAUAUCAAUACCACAGCCAAGAAAGAUCUGGCUUCAACUCGAAUACUUCAGAAAAUGGGGGCGCUGGCGACCAACCAUAUGCGAUGGACCACCUCGGUGGACAGGGAGGCUCCAAGACAGUGACACGGAGUACAUCUCGCGUGUCAGGGAGCGAAGACAGUAUAUUGAGAGAAUAA